AGUCUCUGCGUUAAAAGUUGGUGUAUUAGGUUAUUAAGGCCCAUUGGGCUUACAAGUCAAAUCCAGUAGCUAUAAGUUUUUUUACAAAAAGCGAGGGGAAACAAAACUGGGCCGUGUGCGAAACCCUAGAUACAUGUAUAAAGCAGAAGCCCUACUAUAGUAGUUAGGGCUUCUUCAUCCUCUUCGCGGCUUAGUCGUCAGCACCUUCUGAAGAUCCCUAAUCAUGGCUGUCGGGAAGAACAAGAGGAUCUCCAAGGGUCGUAAAGGAGGCAAGAAGAAGAUUGUUGAUCCUUUCUCCAAGAAGGAUUGGUAUGACAUCAAGGCCCCCUCUAACUUCAAACAGAGAAAUGUUGGCAAGACUCUUGUUUCUAGGACUCAGGGUACCAAGAUUGCCUCUGAGGGGUUGAAACAUAGAGUUUUUGAGGUUUCACUUGCUGAUCUCCAAGGUGAUGAGGAUCACUCUUACAGGAAGAUCCGUCUCAGAGCUGAGGAUGUCCAGGGCAGGAAUGUCUUGACCCAGUUCUGGGGUAUGGACUUCACAACCGACAAGCUGAGGUCGUUGGUGAAGAAGUGGCAGACGUUGAUUGAAGCCCAUGUCGAUGUGAAGACCACUGACAGCUACACGUUGAGGUUGUUCUGCAUUGGUUUCACCAAGAGGCGUGCUAACCAGGUCAAGCGUACUUGUUAUGCUCAAUCCAGCCAAAUCCGCCAGAUUCGCAGGAAGAUGAGUGAAAUCAUGGUGAAGGAGGCUUCGUCUUGUGACCUUAAGGAGCUUGUGGCCAAGUUCAUCCCUGAGGCCAUUGGGAGAGAUAUUGAGAAGGCCGUUCAAAGCAUCUAUCCCUUGCAGAACGUGUUCAUCCGCAAAGUUAAGAUCCUAAAGGCUCCCAAGUUUGACCUUGGAAAGCUCAUGGAGGUGCAUGGAGACUACACAGCAGAGGAUGUUGGUGUGAAGGUAGACAGGCCAGCUGAUGAGACAGUGGCUGAAGAGCCAACUGAAAUCAUCGGAGCUUAGAGGAUUAUAGAUUUGUUUCUCUUUCGUUGGAAAAAAAACUAAUGUUUAUGUCGCCAUUGUUGUGAGAGUUCUUUUUUGUUUAGAGAAGAACUCUACUUCAGUGGUCACUGGUUUUGAACUCGUUUUUUGUAUGGAUGCUUUAUUUUUUACUUUUCUUAACAUGUUUCAUUCCAUAGUU